AGAAAAAGAAAAAUAAAGAAAGAGGCAAGUUCGAGCUAAGAAAAAAAGAUAACAACGGAGGUGAGUUUUCGGCGGAUCGGGGACAUCGCCGUCUUUGUGAUGGAAAACUCCAUGAUUUUCCAUGAUUUCUUUCCCGAUUAUCAGCCGCGUUGCAAGUUUUUCUUUUCCGACUUCGAGAAGGCGUUGCUGCGAGAGCUCUACGAGAAAGACAAGCCACACUUGAAGUGCAAAAUCGGUGCAUCGCCGUUGAAAGUCCGGGAGCGGGCAUGGCGUGGGCUCGCGUUCAAAUACAACAGCACGGCAGGCGUCCGCUGUCGUAGCGUAAAGCAGCUGAAGAAGUUCAUCGAGAACAUGAACCAAAAGGACAAGCGCCUACGCAGGGCGUUGGACGGGACGACGGCUUCAGAGGAGAGCUCUGCAGAAACUUCAACCAAAAAUCCACCUCGGACUGGUUCUCCGCCCAGCGGUCCAAGCCCAGUUGCUUUGAUGACCAGAACUGCUGCACCUACAUCAGAUAGAAGGAUGCAGACGAAUGCUGACAUACACAGUGCCAUUCCACCAUCGCUGCCAGAAGUGGCCGACGAUGGAGACGAGGACUCUGUGCUUGGGCUCCCAGUCGGCGGCGAAGAGCACAACGGCGUUGCCUUCCACGCAAGCUUUCCGGAAGCUCAGCUGCCCCGCAUCGAAGACGUGCGGAGCCUGUGCGGAUCUGCGGCUUUUCAGCAUUCGUCGCAUCCAAUGCCCGGCAACCGGGUGUUGCUUUCGGAACUCGAAACCAAGGCACGUGCCAUAGAGGCCGACACGCUAAGGAAGACCGAGGUGCACGUGAAAAAAUUGGAGCUUUUAGAACUGGAGCGUCAGCAGCGAGUGGAGAAGCACAACCUCCAGGUUAGGCACUUGGAAAUGGAACUGCGCGUGGUCAAGCUCAGAAUGGCAAUGUUGGAGGGAGGGCUCGCUGCGUCAACAGGAGGGGGGCUGUUCUGAGCAGCUGGUAUUGGACUUCAAUCAUCCACCCCAUCUUUUGGCUUCCAUGUUAUGCAUAUUUUAGAUAAUGGUCCCCACACACUGCCAGGAUAUAUGGGAUAUAUAUGGGACAUGCGAGAGCAGUGAGCUCUGACAAUUGUUAGGAUGCACUCAAUCAUUGUUUCAGCUUAUUUAAACUCUCGAAGUUGUGAUAAUUCUCCAUCAUAACGAGGAAUCUCUUUUCAUCUUUUGCCAUCUCAUGUUGUUUGUGUAACCAGCAUUGGAGUGAAUCUCUAUAUUUAUAUACAUAAUUCUUUUAAAACAUUCAGUGACAUAGUAGCCUGCAAUCACAAUUUCUUCAAAUCGAAUCUCUCCAAAAGACAAUAUUGAUUAUCUUGUUGUGUUCUUCACGUCAUACAUAAAAAUGCACCAAAUGA